ACUCAGCUGUUCAAGAUGGUUCUACGUUCAGAGUGAAAUGCAAGAGGAAAAACACCUGCUUAGGUGGUAAGUUUAGUGACUACUGGUUAUCUCAGUGCGUUAAUUUGUGAUUGAGACUUUUGUCCGCGGUGUGAAAUCAUGGAUUUCGGCACGUUGCUUCACGUGGCGAAGAAAAACAGCCAAGAAGGCAGCGACAAGACUCGGUGCUACAGCACGAAAUUCGCACCGCCCAAGAAAGAGGCGCGCGAUAAGAAGCUCUCAGCAAACAUUCAGAAGUUCCUUCAGAAGAAGGAAGAAGAAGAUCGCGCGAAGGAGCGCGAAAAGGUGCGGAAGCGCGAUGAAUUGCUAGCAAUGAGAGACACCAAGUCCAAGAAUAAGAUCAGUAAGAUGCUUAAGGUGAUAAAAUCUGCCAACAAGGCAGUGAUUGCUGAUGCUGUGGACAAUGACAACACUGCAGUGACUCUCCAGGGCCCCGAUCAGCCGGACGAGGAUGAUUAUGGGUAUGUGUCGGCGGAAGCAAGUGCCUUCUACAGCAAGAUGAUGGAGAAGUACAAAAGCCAGCCGGAGGAGGACAAAUUCUCGUCCGUGAGGCGAAGAGUCACAGCAACGGAAGUGAAAAAGGUGCCCAGAGAUGUCAGAGAUGUUCCCCAGACUGUUCACAAACGUUCCGAUAUGCCUCCUCCGGCAGCGCCAAAGGAUGCCUCGAAGGAGGAGAAAGGCAAGACCAAGCUCAAGAAGCCUCCGCCGCCGGUUGACUUCCAUUCACUUUUGAAAAUCGCGGAGAAGAAGCAAUUCGAGCCGAUCGAGAUUGUCCAGGAGGUGAAGAAGAAGGAGCCUGAAAGGCCCAUGACGCAAAAGGAGAAGCAGGAGCACGAGGAGAGAUUAGCUAUCCUGGAGGCCAAGAAGCGUCGAUUGCUUGAGGCGAAGACUAAAGGAAAGAUGGUCAAAUCUCCUGUCGCCUCCACCAGUAAGGCGACUCCGCCAAGCAUUAGCAAGAAGCCAGAUCUGACCAGAGACACGCGAGAAGCGAAAGACUCUAAGAGUACAGCGGAAAAGCGUAUUGAGAAACCGAUUAAGAAGGAAGUGAAGGUGAUAAAGAAACCCCUGAAACCGGCAGAGCCACAGAAGUCUCGAGAAUUUCCCCCGAAAGACGUCCAGAAACCGAGAGAAGUUCCGCCGAAAGACGUCCAGAAACCGAGAGAAAUUCCGCCGAAGGAUGUACAAAAGACAAGAGAAUUCCCUCCGAGAGACGUUCCGCGGGCGCGACCCAAGCCUCGUUUGGAGCCGCGUCGGCCGCCGCCAAAGCGCCCCCGGAUUGAAGAUGACGACAGUGAGUAUGAUUCAGAAAUGGAUGACUUCAUCGACGACGGACCAGAAGAAGGAGCGAAUUCCUACUCUCGACACAUCCAAGAGAUCUUCGGCUAUGACAAGUCGCGCUACCGAGACGAGGAUGACGAUGACAAGAACAUGGAGAGCACCUUCGCGCAGCAGAUGCGCGAGGAGUUCAUCAGUAAGAAGAUCGGCAUCAUGGAAGAUCUGGAGGACAUGCGACAAGAGGAGCUGGAGAAGCAGCGGAAGAUGUCGAAGAAGAAGCGAGCGUAGCAAA